UUCCCCGCUGCCUGCACGUCCACACUCAACCUAACACCACCUUUAAACUAGGGUCAUGACACAAGCACUUCGCGGCAAACGUCGUAUAAUACAGCCCAGAUCGAACAUCGGCGAUGACGGAUGGGAGGACGUUGGGAGCUCGAACAAUACGGUGCACGUCGCCCAAUCUUUGAGCCCCGCAGGAUCAUCACGGUCUAACGUCGCAGCAUCCAGAAAACGACGCGUACAGGGAGAACGUACUAUCUUCGCUGCCACACAAAAACGACCACAACAAAGGGUGAACAUCCCAACGAUCGCUAAUUCAGUUGAAAUCCCGUCACAGCUGACGCGUGCGCCUCGAGAACCACUUUUCGACUGGGAAGAGGUCCAGCAUACACUGUCAAGGACAAUGGUAUCUAGCCUUAAGUUUAUAUGGGAUAUUGGGAGGAUGUGCAUUAUUUUGCUCAAGUGGCCUAUCGUCAUUGCCAUCGUAUUUUUUCUCCUUGCCAUGAUCGUGGUGCAGAUCUCCCAAGCCAUUCGCACCACCCUUUCACCCUUCUGCAUCGUUCCGGGUCUCGGCUUUAUCUGCUCCCCUGAUGCCUCGCAACUCCCAUCGCCGGCGCCACUCACCCAAGGUGGCACCCCUGUCCAGAGCCGUCCCCAGCGAGCUGACUAUCCGGGGCUGAUGAACGUGCAGGGCAAGGCAUUCGAAACCUUGUUGGAGGAGUCUGUAGAUGGACCCGGGCUCGCGCUGGAGAUCAAGAAUGCGGAGAUGGCGACGUCAGACCUGAUUAUGCUGGUGCGGGUUAGCGAUUUAAAGAGCAAGGAUCGCUUGGCUGCGACUUUGGUACAAUUUGUCGAGGAUGCUCGAAAGGCCGGGAGGAGUUUGACGAGGUUUAAUGCGAGAGUUGGCGGAGCGGUUGAUAAUGUCCUUGCAGUCAAUGAUUACGCGCUCCAUGCCAUCGAGGCUGCUAGAUCCAAACCUACAGGGCUUUCCGUAUGGCCGUUCAAUAAAGCUUCCACCGACGUCGUCACGAGCAGUUUCAACGACGCGAUGCAUUCCUUCUCCAUCAACAUGGAGCGUAUCGUAAGGGAGGCCGAAAGUUCCCGUCAAACGCUAGAAGUCCUCGAAGAGACGCUCGAAACGCUGCACGACAUCGUCGCGCGCGAGAACUCUGACCUCUCCGGCGAAAAGGCUAACAUCCUUGCCGAUCUGUGGACCAUGGUUGGAGGUAACAAGAAGGAGCUAAGGACCGUGGACAAGCAUUUGAAUCUAUUGAAGAAUAUGGGGGCAUAUAGGACUAGGGCGCUGGCGCAUAUUGUAGCGGCAUCGCAGGCGCUGCAGGCAAUGGAUGAGGACAUGCGGGACUUGAGGGACAGGGUGGCAGCUCCGGAGUGGAUAGGGGACAAUAUACCGGUGGAGGUGCAUAUCAAGGCUAUUCAAAAUGGACUAAAGAGAUUAGAGGGCAAUAGGUUGAAGGCAAAGAGGACACAAGAGGAAAUCGCGGAUCGAAUUGUGGUGGGGGUUGAGAGGGCUUGAGUCGAGAAUGGUCCUUGGUUAGUUGUUAUCUAACUUUGUUUUGUUCUACCACUGGAAUGCUCUCCUUGAGCUGGCAGGAAUUGCUUGUCUUACCCUUUGCUGGUUGUGUAUAUACUGUACUUAGUGGUACUGUUCUAACUCCCUGCUAUCUCACGUUGUGAUUUCUCUCCUUCUACAAGAC